AAAAAUAAGAUAAAAUAAAAGCUUGGCCAAACACCCCCCCUAAACUUUUGAAGGACAUAACCAAAUCGGAGCAGCAGCAGCGGCGACGACGGAACACAGUAGCUCUACAACCGUCGCCGGCGUAAGGAUUAAUGGAUGCUCAAGCAAAGAAGAAGGCGCUGUAUCGUGCUAAAUUGAAAGCACAAAAGCAGGAUAAACGUAUUGAUUCUCCUCUUGUAAGGUACAAUGAAUCUGACCAGCCCGUCUGUAAAGUUUGCGAUAUUGUUCUAAAAUCCGAGUCUGCUUGGAGUGCACACCAAAUAUCUGCAAAGCAUCGUGAGGCAAUUAAAAACGUAAAAGCAAAUGCUGCUGCAGCUAGUCGACCUAACAAUGUGAAGGCCGUGGAUUCUACGGAACUUAAUAAAGCGAAACCCGAGCGUCCUGCUGAGUCAUAUAAAAGCCAAAGUAGACCACCUCAAGCUCAGUCCAAAUCUGCACUUCCUUCUGACUUCUUUGACAAUCCUGCGACAAAGACAAAACUAAACGAGACUAGUAAUGCAAAGCUAGUGGAAAACGAUAACAAGAAAAAGGUGGGUUCUGUCAAACCUCAAGUUGUGUAUCCGUUCGAUGGGGAUAACAAAAGAGUUGAAGUCUCUAGUGGCACGGUUGCAGAGGCAGAGACAGUCGGUGAUGAGGCUCAGGCUUCUCAAACAGGGGCUCUUCCUGCAGGCUUCUUUGAUGAUAAAGAUGCUGAUCUACGUGCACGUGGAAUUACUCCUGUUAAGCUAGAUAUCAAAGAUGAAUACAAAGAGUUUGAGAAGCUGAUACAAGAAGACUUGAAGGAGGUGGACAACAGGCUCGAAGAAGAAGAGUAUGAUGCAGCUGAGAUGAUUGAAGAAGCAGAAACUGUGGAGCAAAAGUCUUGCAGGGAGAGAGUGGAAAUGUUCAAGAGGAAAAAAAUGGAGCUAAAGGCUGCCAGGUCAGCCAAGCGCGUUAAAGAUCCCAAAGUGGUGGAGAAGGAAAGUAGCGUUGACGAGUCAUCGAGCGAUGAUGAUAGUGAUGAUGCUGUUGACUGGAGAGCUAAACAUUUGUAGACGUAAUUCACUUGGCGGUAACGAUAGCCUUCUCUUUCCAAUCUAAGAUUAAAGUUUUUUGACCAAACUCUUGAGCUCCACAAGUGAAAUAUUAACGUUGUUUGAAAGUUAAAGCACUGAUUGAAGAGAUGAAGCGUGGCAUUGUGGACAGACUUGGCGAAGUAGACGAUAAUAUUGUAAACCGAACUUCAAAUAUAACGAAGCACAAGCGUGAACAUGUUUGGUACCAUAUUAAUCUUACGUGUUUGGUGGUUUGGAGAAUUUGUUUGGGAUCGAAAAAUGAAACAUAAAGUUAAAAGGAUAAUAUGUUUGUUUAGACAAUGAGUGAAAUUAGAGAUGUGCAAAAUACUUGGUUCCA